AUGCAGCUCUAUCGAGACUACAAAUUAGUGGACAUGAGGAAGACAGCUGCCAGUGGGAACGCUGGUGCUUUGCAUCAGAUUGACUCCGUACUGAGCUUGGUGGCCAAAGAUUGUCAUCAGGUCGGCGAGAGAUGGAAAGUCACUUUCGACAUGUCCUCGCUUUCCGGCAACCAAGAAAUCCGGCUUUCCGAGCUCCGCUUCCGCGUGCCCACCUUUUCCGCGUCCAUGGUGGAUCUCUAUCACGCGCGUAAUAGCACACUGGAAGAACGCGUCUUCCUCGGCAGCAUCAAGGUUACUCCGGGACUCUCCUCUUCCUCCUGGAAAGUCUUCAACGUGACUGAUCUCCUCACAUACUGGCUGCGUCGAUGGAGAGAGUUCCAGCCAUCUGCAAACGAGUCAGCGGCUAAAAAUGACAUAUUCCACGUUGUUGAAGAGGGCAGUGGUGAUGACGGGACUGAACCAUCUACACACUGCAAAAUUCAGCACCUCACCACAGACCGAGUGAUGAUUGUGGUGUUCUUCAAGAGCGCGUCGACCCAGGGUCACCAGAGCAGCUCUACUUUAAUGCAAACAGUACAGCACUCCAAAUACGUGGUUCUGGACCGACCGGGUAACGCAAGGAGACGCAAGAGGAACCGGAUGGAGCACGGACAUGUUCGGGAAGUGGCGAGUGGAAACGUUACCAUAACCGGGUCAGUCACAGAGUCCGUACCAAGACCGCUGUGCAGGCGAGUGGACAUGUGGGUGGAUUUUGACCAGAUUGGAUGGAAUGAGUGGAUUGUGCAUCCAAAACGCUACAAUGCGUACAGAUGUGAAGGAGAAUGUCCAGUUCCACUGGACGAAUCUUUCAAGCCUACGAAUCACGCCUACAUGCAGAGUCUGCUGAAGUUUUACCACCCAGAGCGCGUUACCUGUGCGUCAUGCGCGCCCACGCGCCUCACCUCGCUCUCCAUGCUGUAUUACGAAGGCGAUGACGUGGUGCUGCGUCACCACGAGGACAUGAUCGUAGAAGAAUGCGGCUGCCAGUGAUCAUGCUGGAGCCUGACGUUUUUCCUGCAUUAUGAAGACACUUCACACUUGUGCUUUGAUGGCACAAUUUUCUCUGUAUUUGUGUCGAGUAGCUAAAUGGAGUAAACCCGGUGAUUCAGUGGAUCCGAUGAUAAAAACCACUAGUCUACUGAGAGAACUGAAAUAUUUAAUAUUUAAAUAGUGUUUAAUAUGUCGUUUUGGAAGUGGAAUCAUUUCUAAUAAUUUCUGUGUACAAAAUGUAUAUACGAGUAGUUCAUGCUUAUAGCGUGGGCAGCAUGGUGGUGUAGUGGUUAGCGCUGUCGCCUCACAGCAAGAAGGUCCGGGUUCGAGCCUCGUGGCCGGCGAGGGUCCUUCUGUGCGGAGUUUGCAUGUUCUCCCCGUGUCCGCGUGGGUUUCUUCCGGGUGCUCCGGUUUCCCCCACAGUCCAAAGACAUGCAGGUUAGGUUAACUGGUGACUCUAAAUUGACCGUCGGUGUGAAUGGUUGUCUGUGUCUAUUUGCCUCUUUUCCACCAGGGCUGGUUUGGGGCCGGUGCUGGUUCACAACUGGUUCAAGUUGCGAGCCAGCUGAGAACCAGUUUGCUUUUCCAUAGCUCGCGGUGCUAAGUGAAGACACGUCAUUACGUCGCUGUAUACGUCAGUUACAUUGUUGUGUACGUCAUUAUGUCGCUGUAUACGUCAGUUACGUCGCUAUGUUUGCAUAAACCUUGGCGCAAAUAUCGAAGCAAAAACAACACGGAAGAAGCAGCAGCAGCAGCAGCAACAACAAUAAUAAUAAUGGAUGACUUCGCAUUUGUACAGCUGCUGCUUCUCGUCGCUUAAAAAUGGCGAUCUUUCGCGGUCUUGUUAUUGUUGUUGGUCUUAACAACUCCAUACUGAAAAAGUUAUCAGGUGCCCAAGUUAGGAAGAGAAAGAAAGAAAAGGAGAAGGCAUGUGAGGGGAUGCGCCAAAAAAUGUUGACGUGGAUGAAAGACAGUAGCGUGUAUGGACUAUGAUGGAAACAGAUCUUGUGUUCAGGGUCAGGGAUUAGGCUAUGAAGUUCACAGAAGACUAGAUAGUGCUGCGCUGGCCUGGCUAGCUGAAAUUGUAUAGCGAUUUAGCAUAUUGCAUAGCUGAGCCUGAUGCACACAGGCUAUGGGCAAGGAUUUAGUACCCGUUUGUCAAACUGAUUGAAAUGUGGUGUCUGUGUGAAUGCAACGAUCGUUAAUGUCGGUCGGACAAGCACCUGAUUAUGCAAUCCCCAUUCAUGGCUAGCUAGCUAACUCUGGCUUGUGUAACAGAAAGUCAGAUUAGUUCAUUUCCAUAAUAAAUUCAGAUAUGAUAAAUAGCAUUUCUAUCUUGGAUUCACGAGUCCGACACCGUUGCAAGGUCAUACUAUUUUCACGCAUUUGUGAAUUCGGUGGACGUUUCUGUAUCCACGUAAGGUCAUAGCCUGGCUUCUGUAGAAGUCAGUGCUCCCUCUGCAGGGAUAUUGAGGACUGUUCUAAACACACAUCUGAAUCUCUGCGAGUUUUUAUCUUAGAGACAUAUAACUGACACCAUUAGAAACCUUGAAGCUUGCAUUGCAAAUAUGUUUUCAAAUAUAGCCUGUAUUAAAAAAGAUGGCUCUUUGUAAAUAACAGAUUUCGUAUGAUUAGGCUACUAAUGGUAAGACUGCAUCAGAAAUGUGUAAUUCAUAUGUCUGCAAGGAAACUAAGGCUGGUUGUUUGACAUGGGCUAGGGAACAAGAACAGAGACAAGACAGAGUAGUGGAGGAAGAGAGAGAGGAUACAGAGGAGACUGAGAUGAACAUGGAGAUACCAACUGGUAGAGAGGAGGAGAGCCAUGAUGACAUCAGGUAGGCCUAUUAAACGUUUUAGUGUUGCUUAUUAGUUUAGGUCCAUGCUAAAUAAGACCUAAUGUUACAAUUUAGUUCCUUCCUAUCCUUUGGCCAGUGAUGGACUGGAUAGUAACAAAGUACUUUUAGUACAAAGCACAAUUAGUUGCUGUUUAGUACAAAGUAAAAUUAGUUGCUGUACUAACUUACCUUUUUGAAGUAUUUGUACUUUAAUGAAGUAGUUGCAUUUUGGUACUUGAA